GCUGGGGGGAGCAUGAUGACGGCUGAGACAGUGAGAACACAGGAGACCUUUUGUGGUGCCUUGAUACACCUUCAAAGCACAUCUCUCCCAGCAGAGACACAGCCCAGCCCGGGACGCCGACAGACCCCAGGACCAAAAUAUUCCUCAGCUCAUCUCCUGCAGCAGGAGGGUUCAGAGGCCGACGGCACCUCCUGGAUGGGGGAAACCAUUGCAUCAGCCAUGCCCAGAUUUCAUGCCUUCAUCCCCCUCCUCCUCUUCAUCUUCCCUGAGGCCUCCUCCCAUUGUCACACAGGCACGGCCAAUGAAUGCAACAAGCACACGGCCUUCGUGCCUGGGCACAGCCUGAUUGGUGAGGGCAUCGAUGUGACCACGAUGGGUAGGAAGGGGGCCUAUCUGGUUGAUAGCAGCCUCUGGCAACAUGAGGACGGCACCUGCACCCUGUGUCGGAACCCACUGCAGGGAGGGCAGUUGCAGAGGCUGCCGCUGGCCACGGUGGACUGGCGGGUCCACAUCUCGUGCCGCCGGAAGCUGAGCAGCUCGGUGCAGCAGUCAGCGAUGGGCAUGAUGGAGUCGGCAGCGUCCGCGGUGCAGAACGACUGGAAGGUGGGGCUGGACGUGCCUGUGAAGCCCAAGGUUAAUGUCCAGGUAGCGCUGGCUGGAUCACAUUCCAAACUGGCCAGUUUCGUGCUAGACCACACGCGGAUGGACAAAUACAGCUUCAUGAGCCACGCGGUCUCCUGCAGCUAUUACAGGUUCCGGGUCAGCGAGACACCCCCACUCACCAGCCAUUUCACUCUGGCGCUGGAGAACCUCCCGGACCAGUACGACAGCAAAUCGAAGGUGGAGUACCAGCAGCUAAUCAGCAACUACGGCACCCACUACAUGUCCCAGCUGCAGCUGGGGGGCCGGGCGCAGGACGUGACGGCCGUGCGGGUCUGCGAAGCAGCAUUGAGCAGCUUGACUGACGACGAGAUCAAGGACUGCUUGAGCAUGGAGGCGGCCGUGAGUAUCGGAAUGGGCUCGGUCAAGGGUGGGUACAGCAAGUGUGAGAAGGAGAAGAAGAAGGGGAAGGUCCAGGGGAGCUUCCAUGAGACGUAUCAGGAGCGCCACAUGGAGGUGGAAGGAGGAGAGAGCACGACUGACGUGCUCUUCUCCGGCAGUGAUGCCAAGGUCUUCUCGGCCUGGAUUGAGAGUCUCAAGGCCAGCCCCGGCCUGGUGUCCUAUUCGCUGCACCCCAUCCACAUCCUGGUGGAGCAGGGCAACCCCAAGCGGGAGGCGCUGAGGCGGGCAGUCAGUGAGUACAUCCGUGAGAGGGCCCUGUGGAGGAAUUGCACCCAAAGCUGCCCUCCGGGGACUCAACGCAGCGCCCACGACCCCUGCUCCUGUGUCUGCCCCGGGGAUACCACGACCAACACCAUGUGCUGCUCGCGGGAGCGCGGCCUGGGGAAGCUGACGGUGACAGUGAAGAAGGCCAGUGGCCUGUGGGGGGACCAAUCUACUGCUACGGAUGCCUUCGUCAAGGUCUCCUUUGAGAGAAGGGAGAUCCGGACUAACACCAUCUGGAACAACAACAGUCCCGUCUGGUACGUCCCGUUGGACUUUGGUACCAUCCACCUCACCGGCACCAGCAAGAUCCGUGUCCAGGUCUGGGACGAGGACAAGUGGAACGAUGACCUGCUGGGAGGCUGCGACAUCCCGCUGGAGGCUGGGGGGCCCCACCAGAAGGAUUGCUACCUGAACCACGGCCGCAUCUGGUUCCAGUACAGCCUGCGCUGUGGGCCCCACCUCGGGGGUCGGAGCUGCUUCGACUAUGUCUCCCAGCCACCCCAGCAGAGCACAGCCAAGGGGAAGGAGGUGGAGGCCUUCUGGUGA